GCGUGGGGAGGACUUUGCGGUUUCCUCUCAUAUCUCAGCCCCUCUACAUCAUUUGCUGGGAGAGCCACUUUGAGAAAGAGCGCCUGCCAUCCCCGGCGACAAGGCCGGGGAGCCCAGGACUCUCCUUAGUCUUUGCUAAUCGGGAUGGAGGCAGUAAUUUUUGCAGCAACAAGUUUCAGAUUUAAGUCCCUUGCUGACAUCGCAAUGUGUAUGGAGCCCUUCCUAUGUGUUAGGAACUGUUUCAGGUGGAUUGGAUUUGACAGAAAAGACUAAAGAUUGGAUUGUGGGAAAAGAAAAGUAGAAGCAAUGUUUCGAAGGCCUGUAUUACAGGUGUUUCAUCAAUUUGUAAGACAUGAGUCUGAAACAGUAAGCAGCUUGGUUCUUGAAAGAUCUCUGAACCGUGUGCAGUUACUCGGGCGAGUGGGUCAGGACCCUGUCAUGAGACAGGCAGAAGGGAAAAACCCGGUCACAAUAUUCUCUUUAGCCACAAAUGAGAUGUGGAAAUCAGGAGAAAACGAAACAUACCAAAUGGGUGAUGUUAGUCAAAAGACAACGUGGCACAGAAUUUCAGUCUUCCGGCCAGGCCUCAGAGAUGUGGCGUACCAGUAUGUGAAAAAGGGGUCUCGAAUUUAUGUGGAAGGGAAAGUAGACUACGGUGAAUACAUGGAUAAAAAUAAUGUGAGGCGGCAAGCAACAACAAUCAUAGCUGAUAACAUCAUAUUUCUAAGUGACCAGACGAAGGAGAAGGCCUAGAGUGGAUCGUUCUUCUUUGGCCAGCGCUUGAUAGAGCCACUUUUCCAAAUCAUGUAUAGUCUUUAUAGUUCUGAGGACAGUAAUUAAAAUAUUCUUUUAUAUAAAA